UCUUGCCCGCAAUGCCACACACAGAUCUCGCCCAAGCUCUUAUCAGCUCGCUUGUGAUUCUACAGCGUUCGUGACUGCCUUAUAAGUCAUUCCCCUCGACACUGCAUCCGUUCUUCUCGCGCACACGACGCAAUCACCAGGUCAGCUUGGGCUUUGGCUCGCAUCAUUCUCAUUCCUCUUCAUAGACGCUCACAUUUCUACCGCCGCGCUAUCCGCUCACAUUUCUACCGCCGCGCUAUCAUUCACUCUUUACACAACACGCGCGACUGGACACUCAUCAAUCUUCGACUCCAGUAGCGAAGCUCUUCGACUUGACCUGGAGCAAGUGCCAGUGAGAUAUUUUUCUGCAGCAUGUCCGAGCCUCUCGCUCCGACGGCCGAGAACGGCAUCGCCUCUACUCGCGCAUCCCACGAGAUGGGACCCGCCACGUCGGAAUCACUCAACUCGGGAGGGGAAAAGGUAGCGUCUACCGACGAGAAGAAAAAGAGCAGUGGCAAUCGGAGACUGUUGAAGGGCUUUGGAGGUGCAAACGAUGUGGAAGAGACGGUGGAAGACUUGGAGGAUUAUCAGAAGCGAGCUGCUGAGGGUCACGAAAAGUUUCACAGGCUGAGCUGGCAGAGGUUGACGAUUUGCUUGAUCGUCGAAGCUAUUGCUCUGGGAGCUUUGUCGAUGCCUAGCAACUUCAGCACCCUAGGCAUGGUACCUGGAGUCAUCUGCACAGUCUUCUUGGGCGUGCUCGCCACACACGGUAGCCUGUUCUUGGGAGAGAUCUGCUUGAAGUUCAAGAGCGCCACCCACUACGAUGAGGUCGUGAGGCUCAUGUUUGGAAAGUGGGGCAAGGAGAUCUUUGCCGUUGCCUUGGUCAUUCAACUUUUCCUCGUCAACGCGAGUCACGUGCUGACUGGCACGGAGCUCCUCAAUGCGCUGUCGGACCACGCCACGUGUAGCGUCGUGUUUGGCGUUGUCAGUGCAGUUCUGCUGUUUGCCAUGGCCAUUCCUCCCUCUUUUCACGAUUUCGCCAUCCUAGGCUACAUCGACUUCGUCUCUAUCCUCGUCGCCAUCUUCUUGACAAUGCUAGGAAGUGGUUUGGAAGCUGGCAAGCAGCCUGGAGGCUACAUGGCCACCGAGUGGCGACUGUGGCCCAAAGAAGGAACGUCCUUUGCAGAGGCAGUGCUUGCUCUCACGAACAUCAUCUUCGCGUAUAGCUUUGCCGUUUGCUUGCCAAGCUUCAUGGGCGAGCUGAGAAAACCUCAAGACUAUCGCAAGGCUCUGAUUUCUCUUGGGGCUAUCGAAAUCACCAUCUAUACCUUGACAGGCGCAAUUAUUUACUCUCUUUCAGGAGACGGCGUCUCUUCUCCUGCUAUCUUCGGAGCCGGGGCUUUGGAGAAACCAGCGUGGGGCGUGGCUAUUCCAGUCGUGUAUAUCAGCGGCGCGAUCAACGCUCAGGUGGCCUGCCGGUACAUGCACGAUCGGAAAUUCAAAGGCACCUUGCACGGCUACUUCAAGACUGUGUACGGUUGGGCCUGGUGGCUGGGCAUGCUUUUGGUUGGGAACGUGUUCAGCUUCGUCAUUGCCGAAGUAGUGCCAUUCUUCAGCAGUCUUCUCGGGAUCAUCUCGGCAUUAUUCAUCAGCGGCUUUAGCUACUGGCUGCCCGGACUGGCAUGGUUCAUGCUGAUUCGCGAUCGAGAGGCUUCCAUCUUCUCGUCGAAGAACCUGAUCGGCUUCAUUGGCGCAUCGCUGUGCUUAAUUGUCGGCUUCUUCACAUUGGGUGCGGGUACCUACGCUUCUGUGCAGUCCAUCAUCGAUGCCUAUGCUGAUGGAACAGUCAACGGCGUCUUUACAUGCGCUACCGUAAGCGCUUGAUUCCGAUAUUUACCCCCCGAUGAGGGGGCCAUUGAGAUGGUCUAAAACAUCGUCGUCUCUGGGCGAUUUCAGAAUCUCUCCGUCUCAUCAGUUGCGAACAUGUACUGUACUACUCGACUACGCUGUGGCGGCCAUCUAUUUCAUUCUACCAUUUGGCACGCGAGAGUGC